AUGGCCCUGCUCACCUCCCUGCCGAGGCCCAGGAAGCAGCGGUGCCCCUCCCACCCGAUGCUCUCCCUCUCGCCGUCCCUCCUCUCCCUCAUCCUGCUCCUCCCCUUCCUCUCCCUCCUCCUCCUCCACCGCUCCUCCUUCCCAGGCUCCUCUUGCUCCCCGGCACUGGCGAGGGCCGCUUCGCGCCGGGGAAGCGCGGCCGGCUUCGAGGGGGACCUGCGCGACAUCGAGUUCUCGUGGAACCACCUGCCGUUCUCGGCGACCAGGCCGCCCCCUGCCAAGCUCAAGAUCGCCGUGUUCUCCCGGAAGUGGCCCGUGGCCUCAGCGCCUGGAGGCAUGGAGCGGCACGCGCACACGCUGCACACGGCGCUCGCGGCGCGAGGCCACCGCGUCCACGUGUUCACCUCCCCGCCGCCACACACCGAGGCCGCGCCGUCGCCCUCCGCUGACGGGCCUCAGCUCCACUUCCUGGACGGCGAGCCGGGGCAAUGGCGCUGCGACGAGGCGUGGAAGCUUUACGAGGCCGAGGGCGAGAACGACCCCUUCGACGUCGUCCACUCCGAGAGCGUCGCCGUGUUCCACCGCUGGGCGCUGGGCGUGGACAAGCUGGUGGUGUCAUGGCACGGCAUCUCGCUGGAGGCCCUGCACUCGGGCAUCUUCCAGGACCUCGCCCGCGGCGAGGAGGAGGCCAGGUCGCCGGUGCUGAACCAGACCCUGGGCCAGUCCGUGUACCGCGUGCUCUCCGAGGUGCGCUUCUUCCGGAGCUACGCGCACCAGGUGGCCAUCAGCGACUCCACGGGGGAGAUGCUCCGCGACGUGUACCAGAUCCCCUCCCGCCGCGUGCACGUCAUCCUCAACGGCGUGGACGAGGCGCAGUUCGAGCCGGACCCGCCGCUGGGGCGCGCGUUCCGGGAGGAGGUCGGGGUGCCCAAGGGCGCCGACCUGGUGCUGGGCGUGUCGGGGCGGCUAGUCAAGGACAAGGGCCACCCGCUGCUGUACGAGGCCUUCUCCAAGCUGGUGCUGCGCCACCCGAACGUGUACCUCCUCAUCGCCGGGAAGGGGCCCUGGGAGAACCGGUACAUGGACCUGGGCCGCAACGCCAAGGUGCUCGGCGCCGUGCCGCCGGGGAAGCUCAAGGCGUUCUACAACGCGCUGGACGUGUUCGUGGACCCGACGCUGCGGCCUCAGGGGCUGGACCUGACGCUGAUGGAGGCGAUGCAGUGCGGGAAGCCGGUGGUGGCGACCCGGUUCCCGAGCAUCAAGGGCAGCAUCGUGGUGGACGACGAGUUCGGCUACAUGUUCGCGCCCAACGUGGAGUCGCUGCUGGAGAGCCUGGAGGCCGUGGUGGCGGAGGGCGCCCGGCGCGCCGCGCGGCGCGGACGCGCGUGCCGGGAGUACGCCAAGUCCAUGUUCGCGGCCACCAAGAUGGCGCUCGCGUACGAGAGGCUCUUCCUCUGCGUCAAGAACGACACCUUCUGCGGGUACCCAGCCGACAUCGAUUGA